AUGUUGUCUUCAAGCUCCUCGCACAUCCUCCUGUCCCUUCUCAAUCAAGCCAUUCAUAGCUGCAAGGAAGAGGAGAAGCAGCUUGAAGAAAAGCUGAUGCAUUACCGCAAACUCCUGGGUGACUGGCUGAAGCGAUUAGUCAAGACUAAUCAGUUUGGCAUGAGGAAAACUGACAGCUGUGAAGCUUUCAAUCAGGAUGAGUCAGAAACCGAACCACAAGGUGCCACUGGUAUCCAACACUACGAUGGAUGGAUGGAUAGAGAGAUGAAGGGAUACACGGACAGACAGGCGGAGGAAUGGGACGGACAGACAGGCGGAGGAAUGGGACGGACAGACAGGCGGAGGAAUGGGACGGACAGACAGGUGGAGGAAUGGGACGGACAGACGAGUGGGACAGGAACUCAGGUGGACGUGGUCAACGGCCACCAGCACAAAGGUUUCAGUGAAGCAGCGGAAUUUCCAGAAAAGACACAACCUGAUCCUCUGCACCAGACGUAUGCAGCCUUUGAGUCAGGAAGCUGCAAGGGGGUCCUGAUGAGUUCCCAAAAAGAGGAGAUCAUCAGGCAGGCAUGGAGGCAUGGCUCAUCUGACUUUGAUGGUGCUACCAUCCGCAUCAUGCCGGACCUCUCCCGCCAUACUCUCCGCAUGCGACGCCUAGUCCGCCCCUUGCUAGAUCAAAUCCGCUCUGCUUCUGCUACUUAUCGAUGGGGUCACCCUUUCCAUCUGAUCAUAUACUAUAAAAGAUGGAAAGAGGUAUUAUUCUUAAACUCUGUUUUGUGUAUCUUUCUCUUAGAGAGUCAACCAUCUCCAUUGGAGGUCAAGGAAGUGGAACUAUUAAAUAAAGCCCUGGAGAAAGCAUUAAAAGUGCGAGGAAGCGCAAGAACAGAAUCGCCUAAAACCCAUCCCUCUACGCAGGCAAUACCAGCUUAUAUAACGACCCAAGAAAAGCCAGUGAAACCUUUACAGAAGCUGGUAUAUACAGGGACCAAACCCAAGACCUACCAGGUGAAGCCUCCAUACAAGACUAUGCCAGAGAAACGAAGGGACAGAGGGUCUACAAGACCACCAUCAACUGCUAACACGGUCAAACCACCUUCCCUAGGACCGCUAACCUCAGAAAAGGGCAAUGGUGGCAAAGACAGGCCGGCGUCAACUGCUAACACUGCCAAAUCACCUCCCUUAAGACCUCUAACCUCAGAAAUAGGCAAAGACAGGUCGGCAGAAAGCAAGGAAGUUCCCAGCAGGACAGACAGCACACCAGGAAACUUGCAACCAUCUUCGGUUCUAAAAAUGGAAUAUGUUUCCAGCACAUUGACGGCUACAGAUGUGAAGGCUUCCAAGCAAGAUCAAAGACAGCAGAAAGCUCUGACUCUGAAAGAUAUAGGAUCAACACUUAAACUGCCAAUCAAGUAUCGGCAACUAUACAAAAAGAAUAGCAGGUUGUGGGAGAAGUACUUUGAGAUGGGAGCCCGUGUUCCUGCUUCCAGGCCCUCCUUUAUCCAGCAGCUGCAAACAACAUUUGUAGCGGAAAGCCCCGAGCUCAGCUUAUUCGAGAUGGAAGAAGAGACGGCGCGCUUGCAGAGAGGCGUCAGAUGCUUGGAGGAAUAUAUAGACACAGCCAAGACGUGGCGUGGAUCAGGUCCGGCUCACUGGCAACAUUACCGUACGCUGCUGAUGCUGGAAGCCAUGCAAGACGAAGUGGCCAAAUCUUAUUGUGAGCUGCAGAAACUGGGGCUGGUUGCUGACCAAUACAAGAAAUGGUGUGAGAAGCUUUCCGUUGACAUUGACUGCUCAGAGGUGGCGGGCUGUCCCUUUGAAUUCUGCACAAUGCCAUCUGUGCUCGUAUACAGCCAUCCAGACGAACUUCGUGAACUGACUGCGACGCAUCUCCGAUUGCGGGAGCUACAGCAGAAGAUAUAUUUGCAAAAGGUGCUGAGCGAAGAGCUGCUGGCUGAGGCCGAUUCGCAGUGUCGGAGCGCCUCACCCUCCUAUAUGUUGCUUAGAGCAAUCUAUACCCAGCUAUGUGAGGGGGGAGAAACCUUCCCGGUACUGGUCCUCGAUGACAGCUGACCAACACCAGCCGCAUGGAAGAGACCACAGCAGAGGAG